GAAUAGUUUCAAUUGCGUGAGUGUUUGUCAUCCCUGUCACUUUAAAACAUGAUUCCACCGCUUGUUUCAUUUGUCGUGUGAUGCUUGACACGACUGCGUGCACAUAAGAUUUUUGUGGAAAAGCAGCGCCAGCAAGCAAUCUUUUAUGUUGAACAUGAAAAAGUAACAGUAUCCACAUGAUUUGUUGAGAAUGACGGGGAGCGUUUUGUUUAUUCUAAUCGGGGACGCCCUUCGCCGAAAAAAUGCGAUAUGAACAGGAACAUAACGAUUAUGAAUAGGAGUGUUCAGCCAAAAAAGGAGGUGACCUUUCCAGCACACAGCAGCAUCCACCCACAGUCACGCGCAAAGCCAGUGCACAGCACCACUCCGCUCUGCAUGUGGCUAAACAAAGCUUCGGGAGUUUUCAUCUGUACAGGAUUGAAGGGCACGCAGCGGUUUUCCCAAAGGAAGAUGAGGCAGCAGGUGUGGGUGAGAUCUACCGAGGCGAGUGGGUCUGCGUGGUGUGUGUGACAUGGUGUGGGAGAUGAGGACCGUUCUUCCGGUGAGUGUAGGCAGUGAUGGAGGGGAGUCCUGCAGCCGCCGCAUAAAGGUGGGCAGGAUGAAGAAGCUACUGGGGCUGAAGCUGAGUCACUCGGCGGACGCGCACGCUGACACAGUGCCUGGAGUGUGCCUGAGGAGUUUCCAGCUGUUGGGUUCUGAUGAACAAUGUGAGGACCAAGUACAGGAAUGGGGGGACGAAGAGGAGAACGGGGCUGUGUUUGGCAUCACGCUGCGACGAGAGCCCAUCAUGACAAGCCCAAACAUGGCCAUGCUGACCGACCAUAUGGCCUGCAAUUAUGUCCAGUACCACACUGUGAAGCUGCGCAGACUCAAAGCAGGCACCCUGGAGCACUUGGUCACCCACCUUCUGGAUCCCGAAAGUCAGGAGCCUGACUACGUCCAUGUUUUCCUCUCCACUUACAGAGCCUUCACCUCUACCAAUAUUCUCAUUGAGCUGCUUUUUCAUAGAGAUGACGCAAACGUCACAUCCUUGCAGAGUGCUUUGCAUCCGGUAAUCAAGCUGUGGUUGGGGGAAUACGGCGCAGAUUUCCAUGAGCCCUCUCAAUACCAGUCUCUCCGACUCUUAUGUGCCAACUUGCGCCGGCGCCUCUGCUUUAGGCGCUUGGCUCAGACCGCAGAGGGUCUGCUCAAAUCGCUCAAGGAACAAGAUCACAGCCAGUUUGUGCCAGUGGAUGACAGAGCGCUGCUCUGCAAAGAGAAAGACAGAGACAUCUUUAUGAACUUCCAUGUCACUGACGUAGCGGAACAGCUCACCAGAUUGGACAGGGAACUCUUUGUCCAAGUGUUACCGUUCCACUGCCUGGGCUGCGUGUGGUCACAACGCGACAAGAAGGAAAACCGCAAUCUGGCCCCCAGCGUCCGCGCCACCAUUUCCCAGUUCAACGCAGUCACCAACCUCGUUAUCACUUCGCUGCUUUGCCCUUCUUCUCCAAGCCCCUCCACUUCCUCUCCCAUUUCAUCACCCAGCUCCUCCUUAAGCUUCCUCGACCCUUUGAGUGCUUCAGGGCUACCUCAUUCGUCUCACACCAGUCCUUCCUGCAGAGCGCGCAUCCUUGAGUGGUGGAUCAAUGUGGCACAGGCGUGCAGGCAGCUGAAGAAUUUUUCUUCCUUACGGGCCAUCCUGUCCGCCCUACAGUCCAAUGCUGUGUAUCGCCUCAAGAAGACUUGGGUGGCUGUCAGCAAGGAAUGCAUAGCUAACUUUAAGCAUCUGUGUGAGACAUUUCCCGAUGAGAACUGUAUGCUGGCCAACCAAGAGAUCCUAACAGAGGGUGGGAGGCAGCAACAGGUCAACGCCAGUUCUCAGCCGCCCCUGCUCUGUUCCAAACAGAGGAAAUAUAAAGACGGAAUUGUACCUUACCUGGGCUCCUACCUGACUGCCCUCACAAUGUUGGACACGGCUCUCCCUGACUCUGUGGAGGGUGGACUGAUCAACUUUGAGAAGCGCAGGCGGGAGUUUGAGAUUCUUUCUCAGAUUCGUCAACUGCAGGCUUCCUGUUCUCACUACCAGCUCCCGGUGAACCCUCGCAUAACCAACUGGCUGCAGGUGCGCACGCUGCUCCUCACUGAUCAGGAGAGCUAUGAACUGUCUCGUGAGCUGGAACCACCCAUUGAUCCGUGUCCCACUUCUCCUAAUUUAUGGAGCAGUCGAUUACUGACAAAGAAGCUCCUCUCGUCACGAGCAACCAGUGACGGUUCCCUGGGGAAGACUCACGUUGACCAGAUGAGUGUGUCGUCUUCGAGCUCCAGCAGCUCGGACAUGGAUGACCUCUGUGUCCCUCAUUCGUCCCCACUCAGACUCAAACUCAAGUCGCUCUCCAGCUCAAUGCACAACAUCACUGAGGACUACGCCUCCGUGUCGUCGUCCUCCUCUCCCAUCCUCUCCAGCUCCUCCUGUAGCUCCUCCAAUCCCGACCUGAGCAGCAGCUCUUUGGGGCUGAGGCCAGACUCCUUAUCAUCCUCAUCCUCCUCCAGCGUCUCUACGCAGUCUGUGCUGCCUGUCUACAACAAACAGCUCGCCGACUCGUGUAUCAUAAGAGUCAGCAUGGAGUGUGUCAACACCGGCAACAUCUACAAAAGCAUUCUGCUGACCAGUCAGGAUCACACACCUCAGGUCAUUCAGAGGGCUCUGGACAAACACAACCUGGAGGACACGUUCAGCUGUCAGGACUUUAGCCUUUGCCAGAUGCUCAACAAUGGAAAUGAGCUGCACAUCCCCGACAACGCCAACGUGUAUUACGCCAUGUGCACCACCUCCAACUAUGACUUUGUCCUGCACCAACGCUGGAGGAGCCACGGGAGACAUGCGGGCUCCUCCUCCAGUGCCGGAGCGCCUCGUGUCCGCCACGCCAAGUAACAAACGGCUGUCAUUCAAACUAAAUCUGCCAAGGAGAGCCCAAACUCACAGUCACUUUGUUUGGCUUCACGCGCGAGCCACCCUGAUGCCUGCGAGCUUUGCCCAGAUGUCUUCUGUCAGUGCCUCGGCCGCAUUUGAAACAUUUGGACAUCACACCUGCUCCUCCCCAGCAUGCUCCAGCCUCUCAAAAGGCAUGUUUGGAACUUUUGCACAAGUAGAAGAUGUGUGAAUGGGAUGCAGCAAAUGGACGCUCGCUGCAACCUGCGCUGCGAUUGGGAGUCGUGCACAUUGUAUUAGACAAACCAUCCCAACCAUCGACAUCUGCUUUGAGUAUUUGUCUUCUUCUUAAAGGUUUUCAUAUAACUUCAAAUCAACGUAAGAAUUGAAAUUAUAUCAGUAUUCUGCUUUGUAGCGAAUUGUUUUAUUUAAAUUUGUUUGUGAGCCCCCUUUCAGUUCAUUUUGAAACAGGAGCCGAAUGUAGUACAAAAAUGAAGGAUGAAAGCUAGUGCAUGCCGUUGCCAAGGGAAGGUGAUGAUGUGAUUUUGUAGUGUUGCUCUUAACGAGGUUGGGGCGGUAAUGUAUGGGAGACUGAUGGUUGAAUGGGGGUGAUGUCACUAAUACAAGAUGGCAUCCUUCAUCUGUGACGAUGUCAACGUGGUUGGCGUGAAGGAUGUUUUUCGUACGUGAAGGAUGAAGCGUCCCAGUAAGUGAAAGGACAUGUCAAUCCUUGCUGCUUUUAAAACUGUUCGCUGUGAUUGCUAACCUUUUGUUUGCAAUGAGUUUUGAAACAGUGGUGAGUCGCACGCGCCGGAAGUCAGAAUGUUUUUUUUCCCCCCUCAGUAGUUUUGAUCUGUUUGCACUACUAUUUUCAACUCGUAUGUAUUAUUGAUGUUUCAUUUCCUUUUUACCUUUUCCCAAGCUCUUAGUCAUUUGAAAUACUGUCUAAUAAAGAUAUUUCAUUAUUUAUUGCACAGAUUACAUUGUAUUGACGACUUUAAUCUCAAAAGAAAGGCUUGUAGACUGAUGACAUGAUCAUGAGUCACUGCACACUAUUUAGGCAAGAAUAAAGAGACAUCUGCCUAUUACGGCAACUGAAAA